UCCACCGCAUCGACCGGCCUCUCCAGUCCCUGGCCCCGCCCCUUCCCUCCCCGCUCCGCUGCCCGCCGCAUGCCAGUCAUGAGAUCGGGAGAGGGCGACACGACAAGGAGGUCCGCGGCGGCCGGGCAGGCUAUGGUGGAGCUGCAGGCCAACGCGUCGGCAGCCGGCGGCGCCAUGGUGGUGGGGCUGAGCCCGCUCAGCGAGACGCUGUGGCGGGACAGCAAGGCGCUGACCGGGGCGGGCGCCGCCGCGCUCAUCGGCGACGUGUCGGCCAGGCUGACGUGGAAGGACCUCACGGUCACCGUCGCGCUGGGCCCCGGCAAGACGCAGACCGUGCUCGACGAGCUCACCGGGUACGCGGAGCCCGGCUCGCUCACCGCGCUCAUGGGCCCCUCCGGCUCCGGCAAGUCCACCCUCCUCGACGCCCUCGCCGGCCGCCUCGCCGCCAACGCCUUCCUCUCCGGCAACGUGCUCCUCAACGGCCGCAAGACCAAGCUAUCAUUCGGCGCCGCGGCGUACGUGACGCAGGAUGACAACCUGAUCGGGACGCUGACGGUGCGCGAGACCAUCGGCUACUCCGCGCUGCUGCGGCUGCCGGACAAGAUGCCGCGGGAGGACAAGCGCGCGCUGGUGGAGGGCACCAUCGUCGAGAUGGGCCUCCAGGACUGCGCCGACACCGUCAUCGGCAACUGGCACCUCCGCGGCGUCAGCGGCGGCGAGAAGCGCCGCGUCAGCAUCGCCCUCGAGCUCCUCAUGCGGCCCCGCCUCCUCUUCCUCGACGAGCCCACCAGCGGCCUCGACAGCUCGUCGGCGUUCUUCGUGACCCAGACGCUGCGGGGCCUGACCAGGGACGGGAGGACAGUGAUCGCCUCCAUCCACCAGCCCAGCAGCGAGGUGUUCGAGCUGUUCGACAUGCUCUUCCUGCUGUCCGGGGGCAAAACCGUCUACUUCGGCCAAGCAUCGGAAGCAUGCGAGUUCUUUGCUCAAGCUGGUUUCCCCUGCCCGCCUCUGAGGAAUCCGUCGGACCAUUUCCUGAGGUGCGUCAACUCGGACUUCGAUAAGGUGAAGGCCACCCUGAAAGGAUCGAUGAAAGCAAGGGUUGAGAGGUCUGACGAUCCUCUGGAUAGGAUGACCACAUCAGAAGCCAUCAGGAAGUUGGUUGCAUCCUACAGCAGGUCCCAAUAUUACUACGCCGCUAGGGAGAAAGUUAAUGAUAUCUCGCGAAUAAAAGGAACGGUGCUGGAUUCAGGUGGUAGCCAGGCCAGCUUCCUGAUGCAGGCCUGCACCCUGACCAAGCGCUCAUUCAUCAACAUGUCACGGGACUUCGGGUAUUACUGGCUGAGGCUUCUGAUUUACCUCCUCGUGACCGUCUGCAUUGGCACAAUCUACCUGGACAUUGGCACAAAAUACUCAUCCAUCCUGGCCAGGGGUGCAUGUGCUGCGUUCGUCUUUGGAUUUGUCACAUUCAUGUCCAUUGGAGGAUUCCCUUCGUUUGUUGAGGAAAUGAAGGUUUUCCAGCGGGAACGUUUGAAUGGGCAUUAUGGUGUUGCGGCAUUUGUCAUCAGCAACACCAUAUCAGCAGCACCAUUCCUGAUUCUGAUAUGCUUCUUGUCGGGAACCAUAUGCUACUUUAUGGUGCGCCUCCACCCUGGUUUCACACACUAUAUCUUCUUCAUCUUGAACCUGUAUGCCAGUGUCACCGUGGUCGAGAGCUUAAUGAUGGCAAUUGCCAGUGUCAUUCCCAAUUUUCUCAUGGGGAUCAUCAUAGGGGCCGGAAUUCAGGGAAUAUUUAUGCUUGUAUCUGGAUACUUCAGACUUCCACACGACAUACCAAAGCCUUUUUGGAGAUACCCCAUGCAGUACAUCAGCUUCCAUUACUGGGCACUGCAGGGACAAUGCCAGAAUGACCUGAAGGGUCUUGUAUUCGAUAACCAGUACCCAGACCAACCCAAGAUCCCUGGGGACUUCAUACUGAAGUACAUCUUCCAGAUCAGAGUGGACCGAUCUAAGUGGAUCGAUCUAUCGGUCAUUUUCAGCAUGAUCUUCAUCUACCGCAUCCUGUUUUUCCUCAUGAUCAAGAUAAAUGAGGACGUGAUGCCACGGAUCCGGGGGCACAUUGCGAGGAAAAGGAUUCAUAAGAAAGAUCCUUGUUCUACCUUUGGCAAGACGCCUUCCCUAAGGGGCUAUGUUGUGGAUCCAGAGCUUGGUCCCAACGAAAGCUAGAAGAUAAACUGGUUGUUUUGGGUCGCAGAAAUAGGUCGUUUCUCCCCAGCUCUUGGUGAUAUAUUGUAUUUAAGAUCAGAGAAACUGGUAUCAUACGUUUUGUAAUUGAAGCUGAUUUGAGUACAGGUAUACGUACAUGUAAUGUGAGCAAACUGGCAUCAGACAGAUGCAGAGUGACACAUAACUCAUUGUUCAGAAUUGAUUGUCUUCUUUUGAUACAGAAGAAGAAUUGGUUGAAGCACUAAAGGCCCAAGGGUAUGGCUCAGAUGACGCAUUGUAUGAUCACAGAAAGAAGUACUACAUAAUGAAGGGGAACAAUAACUGCUCCAUUUGAAACUAACAACAAGAUCAAUGUUAUAAUUGCUAUUAGUGCAGUGAGCACCACCACGAGCUAUAUAUUUCAAGCCAGAUCAAGAUCGCUAGUACAGGAUCACGAUGCCAAUGAUUUAGUUUGGUCCCCCUUAUGCCAGGCCAAGGACAUGGAAUAUGGAUUCAAAGCUCUAUCCCAUUUGGUUAAUUUUUCUCCAGGACACUAAUAAAAUGUGGCUUUGCCUGUAAGGCAACAUUAUGUUCGAUAUUGGCCCCAGUAAUGGUGGUAGAUGCAGAAGGCAAUUAUAAAUAGCACCAGAUGAGAGUGACAGCAAAGAUAUCAUGUGGUAUGCAGGCGGAAAUUUGUCAGAGCAAACGCAAUAGGGUGGGUGAAACAGUCGAGAGCAUGGACUCAACAAAAAUCUUCAAA